AUGGAAUUCAUCAAGGACUAUGACUUUGAGCUUAAGUAUCAUCCGGGUAAAGCCAAUGUGGUUGCAGACGCUUUGAGUAGGAAAACGGUUCAUGUGUUUCACAUGAGUUUGGAGGAACACUACUGCUUAGAGAGAUUGAGAGAUCUCCAAGUGGUCCAUGAGGCUCCAGCCACUCUACAAUCAAUUUUGGGUGAUUAUAAGUUCUUUCGAAACUUGAAGGCUGCACAGAUGGAGGAUGACCGGUUACUAAGCAUCCGAGAGGAAGUGGAGACCCAUGGUGUGCCUGAUUAUGAAAUGGGUGAAGAAGGAAUCCUGAGGCACAAGAAGAGGAUUUGUGUCCCUAAUAAUGAGGAAAUCAAAAGGACUAUUCUAGAAGAGGCGCAUCGAAAUAGAUUGACUAAGUCAACAUACUUCCUGCCUAUCAAGAGUACUUACUCUUUAGAAAGAUUAACAAAGCUAUAUAUAGAUGAGAUUGUUCGACUUCAUGGAGUGCCGGAGUCUAUCAUUUUAGAUAGGGACCCGAGGUUUGCAUCGAACUUCUAG